AUGUAUAGCAAAGAAGAAUAUUCCUACAACGGUAAUACCACGACUCGUACAAUAUCUCAACAACAGUCAAAUCAACAACUGGCCAUGAGUCCCCAUCAUCCACAACACCCUCAGCAACACUCGACUGCCUAUUUCCCUCAACCAAUACAAAUACAUACAUUGCCCCCCUUGGGAAUGUCACACUCUCAAAUCCCACCAGGGCAACAACAACCACAACACGCUCAUAUACCACCGCCACCUGGAGCUCCAGCAUCCAUGUCAUUACAUCACCCAGCGUAUCAAAAGUCUCCUCCAACUGCUCAACAAGGUAGUCCAUUACAUCCGGCUAAUUUAAAUAGUCCUUCAGUUGUUGCAAAUGUAAAUUCAUCAAGUGCAAUGUCAAGAAGGGGACCUUGGUCACCAAUGGAAGACAAGAAAUUAUUAGAAUUGAUUGCAAUAUUUGGUCCUACUAAUUGGGUAAGGAUUUCUAAUAAUUUAUUAACUCGUACUCCAAAACAAUGUCGUGAACGUUAUCAUCAAAAUUUAAAGCCUUCUUUGAAUAGAUCACCUAUCACGGCUGAAGAAGGAGAAUUGAUUGAAAGUUUAGUUGCUAAAUAUGGAAAGAAAUGGGCUGAGAUUUCUCGUCAUUUGAAUGGAAGAUCGGAUAAUGCGAUUAAGAAUUGGUGGAAUGGAGGUGCUAAUAGAAGAAGAAGAGCAAGUUUGGUGACUAUUCCAAGUAAUUCAUCAUCAUCUGACGAAACUAAUGCGGCUAAUCAUAUUUCUGAAUUGAAGAGAAAUUCCACCAGUGCGGGAAUGAAUGGUAGUGGUUUUGAACAUAGGCCGUCAAUACCUACUACUACAGUGUUACCUCCUCCGCCUGCACCUCCAGCUUCUGCAGGAAAUGUAAGUCCUUCAUCCAAAGACUCAGCACCAGGAUUUGGUUCAUCAGUGGGCCAUCCUUCUCAAGUUACACAACUUCCACAAAUCUCAUUCAAUACUUCUAUGUUUGGGAAACCAACUUUAGAAAAACGUCCAUCAAUUACCGAAUAUAAUAAUAACACCCCAACACCUCCACAAUUAAAAACAUCAAGUAUAAGAUCAGCUAGCUUUGAUAUAAAUUCAACCACCUUACCACCGUUAAAUCCAAGUAAUAAACGAAGAUUAGUAGAAGAUCAAUUCAGUCGUAGACAUUCAUUAGCUAAUGGUAUAUUACCCCUUCCUUCAACUUCCAUACAUGCAAAUGGAUCCAAUCCAAAUUUAUUCGCCGUUUCUUCUUCAACCAACGGAAACGUUUCACCAAAUUAUGGAUCUCCAUUAUUAUUAGGCUCAUCAGCUAUUCCAUCCAGAAAUAAUUCCAUAAGUCAUUUUGAAUUAUUGAAUAGUACUGGAUCUUCAAGAAGAUCAAGUUUAAUAGCUGCUGGAGAUUUCUUCCCUAAUCCAUUGAAUUCUUCAACCAGUCAUAAACGAAAUUCAUCAUUUAAUUCCCCAUCAUUACCUUCGCUGAAUAGAAUAUCGAUCUCAUCUACCAAUUCUGGUUUUCAUACCGCUGCUACUACUGCCACAGUAUCUCCAUCUUCGAAACUUGGAGAUAGGACGUCGAGUACUACAUCGAUAGAUCAACCAGUGGAUGAAGAAGAUGAAGAGGAUCCAGUGAGUAGUAUAAAGAAGGAUGGUGUUACUGUGGAUAUAAGGAUUGAAGAUCAUGAUGGAGAUGUGAGUAUGGGUGAUGGUGAUGUUGUAACCCUGGGUCCAAGAUCAAAAGUAAAGAUGUCUGUGUCAUCUUUGCUUGAUUAA